AUGCGCGAGUGGAAGAUCCUCCAGUCGAGCCUUCCUGAAUCCAUCCACGUGCACACCUAUGAGACUCGGAUCGACCUCCUUCGCGCGGUCAUUAUCGGACCCCAAGGGACACCUUACCACGACGGGCUCUUCUUCUUCGACAUCAGCCUCCCGGCCCACUACCCGGUGGGCCCGCCCUCCGUCUACUACCGGUCCCAUGGCUACCGCCUAAAUCCGAACCUCUACGCCGACGGAACAGUCUGCCUCAGCCUCAUCAACACAUGGCUCGGAAAUGCGGCCGAGAGGUGGACCCACGGGUCGACCCUGCUCCAGCUGCUCGUGUCCAUACAGGGCCUCGUGCUGAAUGAGAGGCCCUUUUUCAACGAGCCCUUGUUCGAGCCACGUAAGAACAGCCGAUCCUCCUGCUGGGUGAAGAUCUCCAACAGUUACAACGAGACGACUUUUGUCCUGUCCUGCAAGACGAUGGCCCAAGUAGCCAGGAACCCGCCUCAGAAAUUCGAGGAGUUUGUCGAUCGGCACUUUCGGGCCAGGGCAGAGACGAUACUGGCAGCAAUCGGGGACUACGUGGAGGGACGGGCGAUGGUGGGCUAUUUGGAGGGGGACGAGGGAAGGAAUUUUAGGGUUUCUAGGAAGUUCAAGAAUGAUUUGGGGAGGGUUAGAGGUGAGCUGGAGGUUGCAUUUUCGCGGUACCUUCCAUCUGGUUGGGUGCAUUGCAACCGGGCCGUGGAUGUUGAGAAGCCCAAAGAAAAUGCGAAGAAGAAAGGUAAAAAUGGGCUAUGGCAAAAGCUUGUUGGGUUUGUGGAGAAGAUUUGGGAUUGA